CCCUCGGCCCUCCCUCCCCCGCGGCCCCGGCCCCCUCCCCGGCCCGCCGCCGCCGCCGCCGCCGGAGCCGCCGCGCCGGGAGAGCCGCCGCCGCCGGAGGAUGCGACGCACAACAGUGCUCUAGAUACGGAGCGUCUGGGCUGAAUGCAGUUUAGCAUCAAAAGGGUCCUCUUUCUGUCGAGAAGAUUGCGAGGUGUGUCAAGAUGAAGCAGGCACCAGAGACCCUCGGCAGCACGAACGGGAAGACCCAGAACUGUGAAGUGAAUCGUGAGUGUUCCGUGUUCCUCAGCAAAGCCCAGCUCUCGACCAGUCUACAGGAGGGGGUCAUGCAGAAGUUCAACGGCCACGACGCACUUCCCUUUAUCCCAUCCGAGAAGCUGAAGGACCUGACGUCCCGUGUAUUUAAUGGCGAACCUGGUGCUCAUGAUGCCAGACUGCGCUUUGAGUCCCAGGAAGUGAAGGCGCUCGGGACGCCGCCCAGCACCACCCCCAUCAAAAACGGCUCUCCGGAGAUUAAGCUGAAGAUCACCAAAACGUACAUGAACGGGAAACCUCUCUUUGAGUCUUCGAUUUGUGGGGACAGUGCUGCUGCCGUGUCCCAGUCGGAAGAACAUGGACAAAAACCGGAAAAUAAGGCCAGAAGGAACAGGAAGCGGAGCAUAAAGUACGACUCCUUGCUGGAGCACGGUCUUGUUGAGGCAGCGCUGGUGUCCAGGAUCUCGAGUCCCUCCGACAAAAAGGUUGCGGCUAAGAAAGAGUCCUGUCCAAAUACUGGCAGAGACAAAGACCACCUGUUGAAAUACAGUGUUGGCGACUUGGUGUGGUCCAAAGUGUCCGGUUACCCUUGGUGGCCGUGCAUGGUUUCCGCUGACCCACUCCUUCACAACUACACCAAACUUAAAGGUCAGAAAAAGAGUGCACGCCAGUAUCACGUACAAUUCUUUGGUGAUGCCCCAGAAAGAGCUUGGAUAUUUGAGAAGAGCCUUGUAGCUUUUGAAGGAGAAGGACAGUUUGAAAAAUUAUGCCAGGAAAGUGCCAAGCAGGCACCCACGAAAGCUGAGAAAAUUAAGCUGUUGAAACCUAUUUCAGGGAAAUUGAGGGCCCAGUGGGAAACGGGCAUCGUUCAAGCAGAAGAAGCUGCAAGCAUGUCGGUGGAGGAGCGGAAGGCCAAGUUCACUUUCCUCUACGUGGGGGAGCGGCUUCACCUCAACCCUCACGUAGCUAAGGAGGCAGGCAUUUCUGUGGAGGCUCCGCCUCUGGGACCCAUGGUAGAGCCCUCAGGAGUCCCCGAGGAAGCUGCUGCUGACCCCAAGUCCAUGCGAGAAGAGGGCGUUCCCAUCAAGAGAAGGCGGAGAGUGAAGCUGUCUAGCUCUGCCGAAAACCGAGCGGGUGACCCUGGGACAGUACAGAGUACUCCUCAAAAGAUGGCAGAGGCCGACCCCAAGAGAGGAGUUGGGUCUCCUCCUGGGAGGAAGAAGGCCACGGCCUCCGCUCCACGAAGCAGAAAGGGAGAUGCGGCAUCCCAGUUUCUGGUCUUCUGUCAGAAGCACAGGGAUGAGGUGGUCGCAGAGCACCCGGACGCCUCGGCCGAGGAGGUCAAAGAGCUGCUCGGCUCCCAGUGGGACAUGCUCAACGAGAAGCAGAAGGCGCGCUAUAACACCAAGUUUGCCCUCGUGGCCUCUCCCCAGUCUGAAGAAGACUCCGGUAACGUAAAUGGGAAAAAAAGAAACCAUACCAAGAGGACACAGGACCCUCCUGAAGACGUUGAAAUUGAAGACGCACCCAGGAAAAGACUCAGGACCGACAAGCACGGUCUCCGGAAGAGAGAGACGGCGAGUGACAAGACGGCCCGAACAGGUUCUUGCAAGGCCACGGAGGCCGCCACCUCGCUGAAGAGCCAGGCAGCAACGAAACACCUGUCUGACGCAUGCAAACCACUGAAGAAGCGAAAUCGGGCGUCUGCAGCAGCGUCGUGCGCUCCUUUUAGCAAAAGUUCAUCUCCUUCUGCGUCCCUAACUGAGAAUGAGGUGUCGGACGGCCCGGGAGACGAGCCCGCCGAGUCCCCGUACGAGAGCGCCGACGAGACCCAGACCGAAGCGUCCGUCUCCUCCAAGAAGUCUGAGCGGGGCGUGGCCGCCAAAAAGGAGUACGUGUGUCAGCUGUGCGAGAAGCCGGGCAGCCUCCUGCUGUGCGAGGGGCCCUGCUGCGGAGCCUUCCACCUCGCCUGCCUCGGGCUGGCCCGGAGACCCGAAGGGAGGUUCACCUGCAGCGAGUGCGCCUCAGGGAUCCACUCGUGUUUCGUGUGUAAGGAGAGCAAGACCGACGUCAGGCGCUGCGUCGUGUCGCAGUGUGGGAAGUUCUACCACGAAGCCUGUGUGAGGAAGUACCCUCUGACCGUGUUCGAGAGCCGAGGCUUCCGCUGCCCCCUGCACAGCUGCGUGACCUGCCACGCGUCCAACCCUUCCAACCCCCGGCCAUCGAAAGGGAAAAUGAUGCGGUGCGUCCGCUGCCCCGUCGCCUACCACGGAGGGGACGCUUGUCUGGCGGCCGGCUGCUCCGUGAUCGCUUCCCACAGCAUCAUCUGCACAAGCCAUUUCACUGCCCGCAAGGGGAAGAGGCAUCACGCUCACGUGAACGUGAGCUGGUGUUUCGUGUGCUCCAAAGGGGGAAGCCUGCUGUGCUGUGAGUCCUGCCCGGCGGCCUUCCACCCCGACUGCCUGAGCAUCGAGAUGCCCGACGGCAGCUGGUUCUGCAACGAGUGCCGAGCCGGGAAGAAGCUGCACUUCCAGGACGUCGUCUGGGUUAAACUGGGGAACUACAGAUGGUGGCCGGCAGAAGUUUGCCAUCCCAAAAAUGUUCCCCCAAAUAUUCAGAAAAUGAAGCACGAGAUUGGAGAAUUCCCUGUGUUUUUCUUUGGGUCUAAAGAUUAUUACUGGACGCAUCAGGCGCGAGUGUUCCCGUACAUGGAGGGGGACCGGGGCAGCCGCUACCAGGGGGUCAGAGGGAUCGGAAGAGUCUUCAAAAACGCACUGCAGGAAGCUGAAGCUCGUUUUCGUGAAAUCAAACUUCAAAGGGAAGCCAGAGAAACGCAGGAGAGUGAGCGCAAGCCCCCGCCGUACAAGCACAUUAAGGUGAACAAGCCCUAUGGGAAAGUCCAGAUCCACACGGCCGACAUCUCUGAGAUCCCCAAGUGCAACUGUAAGCCCACCGACGAGAACCCCUGCGGCUUCGACUCGGAGUGUCUGAACCGGAUGCUGAUGUUCGAGUGCCACCCGCAGGUGUGCCCCGCGGGCGAGUACUGCCAGAACCAGUGCUUCACCAAGCGCCAGUACCCCGAGACCAAGAUCAUCAAGACCGACGGCAAAGGGUGGGGCCUGGUCGCCAAGCGGGACAUCAGAAAGGGGGAGUUCGUGAAUGAGUACGUCGGUGAGCUGAUUGACGAGGAGGAGUGCAUGGCGAGGAUCAAACGCGCCCACGAGAACGACAUCACACACUUCUACAUGCUCACCAUAGACAAGGACCGGAUAAUUGACGCUGGCCCCAAAGGAAACUACUCCCGGUUCAUGAAUCACAGCUGCCAGCCCAACUGUGAGACCCUCAAGUGGACGGUGAACGGGGACACUCGCGUGGGCCUGUUUGCCGUGUGCGACAUCCCCGCAGGGACGGAGCUGACCUUUAACUACAACCUCGACUGUUUGGGUAACGAGAAGACAGUCUGUCGGUGUGGGGCCUCCAACUGCAGCGGGUUCCUUGGGGACAGACCAAAGACCUCGACGUCCCUUUCUUCAGAGGAAAAGGGCAAAAAGAGCAAGAAAAGAACGAGGAGGCGGAGAACCAGAGGCGAAGGGAAGAAGGAGUCCGAGGAUGAGUGUUUCCGCUGUGGGGACGGCGGCCAGCUGGUGCUGUGUGACCGCAAAUCCUGCACCAAGGCCUACCACCUGUCGUGCCUGGGCCUGGGCAAGCGGCCCUUCGGGAAGUGGGAAUGUCCUUGGCACCACUGUGACGUGUGUGGCAGACCUUCCACGUCAUUCUGCCACUUCUGCCCCAACUCAUUCUGCAAGGAGCACCAGGAUGGGGCGGCCCUCGGCUCCACGCGGGACGGGCGGCCAUGCUGCUGCGAGCAUGACCUGGGGGCCGUGUCGGCCCGGAGCGCCCAGACUGGGAAACCCUUUCCGGAACCCAGCAAGUCCAAGGGGAAGAGGAAGAGAAGGAGGUGCUGGCGGAGGGUCACGGAAGGCAAAUAGCGCCAGGCAGUGGCUUGGCCAGCUCCGGGAGGGGGGUGGGGGGAGGGCCGCGGGGGGGGGGGUGGAGGGGAGGAGGGGGGUCCCGGCCCAGAGGACCCAGCUCGAAGCCGCUAUGACAGCCGUGUAGGCCUCCUGGGAGGGAGUGCCUGUCCACCACUGAGCCAUCCUCGGCAGCGCCCGCUGCGUCUGCACUGAUGACCCGUCUGAGCCUCGAGGUUCAGAAGGUUCUAGGACAAACAAGCCUUACUACACAGCAUUACAGCUACACUUGAAUUUCUGAGAAUGUCAAGGUUCCCUCCCACUCUAUUUUUGUAGGUUAAAGUUAUAAUUGAAAAUUAAUCGGCAUAUGAAAUGUUUUUAUCUCACCUGAAACGUAGAGGGUAGUAUUUUUCUAAAGGCUCACUAUGAUCUCUUUCAUCUUAACAAAGUCACUUGGCCAGCUCACCUGCCUUCGUCACUCAGGAGAGACCAGGGCGGGGCCCGGGCAAGGACUCAGACCCUGGAUUCCUUGGAAACCAUGAUUUUGAUUAUUUUGCUCUUCUGAAACAGCUGUAUGAUUUGGGGGUUUUUUGUACUAAUGUGAAAUUUUUCCUCAAAAUGCUUCUUUUCCAUCCUAGUGAGGAGCCGGCCCCAGGAGUGGUGAUAGUGACAGUGUUGUAAGCUGUCCCGUAGUUUUUUCUGUCGUGGAUUUGGACUGAAUGGCGCCACCCCGUGGGCCUUGCAAGCGUGGGGCCUCUCGGAGCGGCCUCCCCGGCCCAGGCCAGGUCUGGCGCAUCUCACCUGGGCCUGUCCCUGAACGCACUAGGUUCUUACCAACAUUUGGGGGAAGACUUUGUAUAUUUUUUUCAUCGGGCUUUUCUUUACCAGUUUCUGGCUUUUAUUCUCAAUAUAUUUUUGCUAAACUUGUUUUCACAAAUCACCACCGACUGAAACGUGUAUUUACUGAUGCGGCCCUGAAUUCUCCCAGGGAAAGGGGCCGACUCGGUGGGGGUGCGGCCCCGCGGUGAGUUUGUGUGAAGCGCCGAGUUCACAGAAAUGGUUCUGUCGGGGCUUUGUGCGCCCGCGGCCCGGCAGGGGACAGUCCCGGCAGCAGGGCACGGCCAGGUGCUCCCCACCCUGGGGACCCAGAGCACGUGGGAGACGGGCUUUUCCGAAAAUUGCUCUUUCGGGGUCUGAGGAGAGACACAGAGUCUAGGACCGUUGCACCUACUUGCCACUCUCCCGUCACCCCUGGGGGUCUGUUCAUAGAAAACGGGAGUUGUGCUGGUCACACGCGCCCAGCCAGGGCGCCACCGCCAGGCACUCGUGCUGGGGGCCCGAGGCGCCAUCUGUGGGCGUCGGGCCUGGAACUUCUCUGUGAGACGUCACUAACUUUUACUCCUUACGAGGCCUGGCCGCACCAUGGGAGGAGCUCCUGGGAGCACGAAGGUCUCUUCUCUUUGGAAGUUUCUCUUGACCCUGGGGAGUCCGGAGCACCAAGGGCGGGGGUCCCGGACGCCAGGCAGCCAAGUGCGCCCCGUGGGGCCCGCAGCCUCCAUGCUGACGCUGGGAGGGAAGGGAAUGGAAUACUCAGCAGCAGAUGCUGGUUUCUGGUCCGUUCUUCUUGAAACGACCGAAGGAGAACAGAGACGUACACACGUCCCUUGUUGAAAACUCCCGAGGUCUCUCCUGUCUCUCUUCCAUCACUGCCUCUGCCUCAUGCAACUGCAGGACAUGCUUGGACCCGGACCCCCUGUUUGACUGCUUCUCCGUGGUUUGGUGACGUGAGCUCUUGGGGGCAGCGGUCUCUGCCGGGCUCGGACCACGGGGAAGAGUCUGCUUCGGGUGUGAGGCUCCAUGGCACCGACGGGGCCUCACUCGCUACGAACAGGGUCUCACCCAGGCGUCCCUCUGCCCUUCUCCUAUCGUGAUCCUGGAGGAAGGAGCCAUCCGCGGCCACGAAGGAGACACGAGAGCUUGGUCAUCAGAGGACCCCUCCUGCGUGUGGCUUAGGUGACCUCUGGAAAUGCACUUGCUCAGUAGGACCCGGGGAACUGUGGGGUGUUUCCGCGUAGAACUCAUUUCUCUCAAAUCGUCCCAAGAAAAUACUGGAUUGGUUUAUAGAUUUAUGCUCCUUCUUCCCCAAACAACCUGGAAGGUUGUUCCCACGACGAGCCCAGCAGCGUUCCCAUGCCCUGGCGCUCCGGCUCAGGGCCCGAGGGAUUCCCGAGGCCUGCGGGCUCCGCUCUUCAUGGCCCAGGGCCUUGGGUGCAGCCUCGCCCCUCGCUUCUCCUCUCCCACCAGAAGUCAGACCAUCAGACUGGCUUUGCAGCGCACUUUGGGGAGCAGAUUAACUUAUUUUUGUACUUGACAGUAGUAAAAUCUUGUGAGUUUUGAGUCACUUUGAUAUUUUCAAAUUCUACGAUCUGAAGGAAAUGCUGGAAAAAUUAUUUUAAAUAUGGUUAUCCUCUUUCCAAAAACUUAAAACUAAUGAGCAAAUAACACUAACUUUGAAAAUCUCUAGAAAACUGGUUUACGAAUCCGAGUACAACAAGGCUGAGGCGCGGCGGCUGAGCUCGAAGGGCCUUCCUGCCAGGGCUUUGCUCUGAAUCUGAGGGAGAGCUCGUUUUGCUGGGGAGGGGGGGGGGGAUGUGAUUCGGUCUUUAUGAACGUCAGCUUCACCCCUUUGUCACCAAUGUGAAGCAGAAACAAAACGAAAGCCGCCCCAACACCUCUGGAUCCCUCAGCGUCAGAACAACUGGUGCUGUGCCCGUGGCCUGCGAAGUCUUGCCCUCCCGUGCCAACACUGGCCUCCGGGGACCCGGGCGCCUCGCACACCGCACGGGGCACAAGGACACGUCCGCUCUGGCAGUCAGGAAGUAGGACCACUGUGGGGACUGGAGUGGCACAGUGACCCCGUUUGCCCCGGUCGGUAAGGAACCGCGUGGACAGCCCGCCUCCCUUGCUUCCUGGGCCUCACUCGCACUCAGGUCUGCGCGUCUGACGCCUUUGAAAUUCUUAUCUUGACAUAAAAACCACAGUGUGUAUCGUGCCCAUCUUCCAGAACUACCUGGUUUCCAGGAAUUAAAGAUAAGCCUGUUUUGAGGAAAGUUAAUGCAAAGGACUGUUGCCAAAUUCUCGAUAUCCUCUGAGCAGCAGUGUUGGAUGUUAGUCACUAGAGGGAAAUGCUGUCGCGGGCGUCGUGCUGUCCAGCGAACCCUGUUGAGAUGUGAAAUGCCCUGUCAGAAAUUAAAUAUGAAUUUAAAUGUGCCUGUUGGUGUCUACGCUUCAUACAGAAUGAGGUCAGGCUCCUCAUAGGAACACUCGGUGCUAUCACCGGUUUCGCUAGACUUAAAAACUUGAACUUCCUGCGGGGGGGCGGGGGGCGGGGGGGGGCUAGACGGAACUGUAGACUCGGGAACCGCCAGUCGGGAGAAUAGCAUUUAAAGUGGGAAGCUGUGUUUGGAAAACUGUAUGUGAGUAUUUUUGUAUUAAAAACUUUUUAAAGGC